AUUUAAUUGAGAGCAACCCACGAGAAUGGACUUGGAAUUCAUUAAAUAUCAAGAUGAAGAUAUACCUCGUAGGAUGCUUGGAAAGAACUUCAAAUUUAGACUAGGCAUUCGCCAUCUGCAGCUGCUGUACAUGUUUCUGAUGUGCGCCGCAAUGGGCGCUCUGCGUGUUAGUCCCAGUGUUGCCAUGCUUGCGGUUACUGAUACCUCACGACUCAACGAUACCUACAUACAGAUCAAAAAUUGGGAUAGGAAAACACAAGGGGUGAUAUUAUAUUCCUUUUUUAUGGGAUACGCAAUAAUGCUUGUGCCUGGAGAAUUGUUCCUGAAGAGGAUCGGAGGGAAGUACACGCAGGCUGUGAGUCUGCUAUUGAACGGUGGAUUAUGUGUCGCCAUGCCGACCGUAAUAAAUAAGGGAAGCGUGUUGGCUGUAUCUGGGAUGCAUCUAUUCAUGGGUAUGUCCCAGGCAUGGGUAUCCCCAGCCAACCAGGCGUUGCUUCGUAAAUGGUUACCGCCUGAUGAAAGAAACCUGUUUAGCAGGAUCCUUUAUUUGGGUUUACUCGUAGGUAUAAUAGUAGCACUACCUAUCAUUGGUAUAGUAUCUGAAGCCCGUUUAGGAUGGGAGUUGAUAUACUACAGUUUAGCAAUGAUGGCGUUUUCAAUGGGCACCAUAUGUGUACUACUGACAGCCAGCUCACCAAACAAACAUCAAGCAGUAGGUGAUACUGAGAAGGAAUAUAUUGCUGUAGCUAUGAGUAAUAUUGAGAAACUACAGAUGGAGAAGAAAGGAAGGGAAAAUGUUAAUGUGACGAUAAUGAGUGGCAGCCCGCCAUCAAUAGUAUGGUUUAAAAUAUUAACAGCAUCCCAAUUUUGGAAGAUUGCUUUCCUACAUAUAGCCACGAAUGUUAUAUUCAUAUUUUGCCUAUCGGAUAUGGCGCUCUACUUGCAAAAUUUCAAUAUAUCGCUCAAGGAGAAUACAAUUUGGAUGGCUUUACUUUAUACGAUGUGGUUACUUAUAGAACUGUUAAGGAUGAUUGCCUUAUAUAUAUACAAUAAUAUAUUCAGAUGGAAUGAUAUUCCAUUUAAAAUUAUCUUUACACUCAGUAUUAUCUGCAUUCUAUGUGGCCUGCCAGCGCUAUUGUAUCUAUUACCAGAUUGGAAAAUUACGGCGAUCCUUACGCUUAUGAUAAUAAUGUCGUCUUUGAGUAUACAAACACACGCUAUAAAGAGGAACGUCAAACAGAUUAAAGACUUGGAUCCCGACGUCAUUUCAAUAGUGAGCAGCAUCGUUGCUAGUAUCGUUGGUGCUUGUGUGCCUAUGUUGACUGGUUUCCUGGUUGUUGAUAAUGUGAACAUCCACUGUUGGCGAUAUAUCUUCUUUACUCUCAUGAGUGUGGUUUCACUCUGUCAUAUAAUGUACUUCGUAUUGGGAAAUUAUUCAAAACGAUCGGCAAGAAACAAAGGCAACAGCAUACGUUACUUAAUUAGUUACGACAACACUUCGGAUAUACUAGAAGUAAUGUCAAAUCAUAAUGAAAAAAUGAAAAUUGAGGCAGAAAAGUAA